AUGGCAUCCACUUCAAACCCGCUAUGUCUUUUCAGGCGCAUCAUGGCAAAUUCUAAUGGAACCCCAGAGCUCCAGGGACUGGCGCAGACAGCACAGCCCGGCCCAAGCAAAGAGCAUGCAGAGGAUCUAAAGCUGGCUGCCUCCCAGACACCACCGCCAUGGGAAAAGAGCCGAAACAAAAGUAAGAAGAAAAGGAGAGACAGCGGCAGGCCAAAGAGCAGAAAGACGGCUGGCGCUGGAAGCAGAGAUGGAUGGGUAGAUGAGGUUGUGGGGGCGGAUAAUGAACAGAGCCCCCUGCCUCCUCUGUCGUGCAUCUCUUUAAAAAGCCUGGUGGAGGUUGAGACGAAGUUAGUGUACAGUGACGAACAGAACAUUACCCACAAGCUCGCUCAGUCCCCAGCCUCCACCUCCUCACAAUUAAUGUGUCAAAGCAGUGAAACAGUGGGGCCUCCAAGUGGACCUAAUCUCGGCUUUCUGUCUCAAAUUGACAAAUGGCUCGAUGUGGCUUUACAAGAUGCCGACGCACACUACAGGCUGGAGAAAUAUGCCAUCGCAGCCAGUCGCUUCUCCGCUGCUCUGAAGCUCUGCUCUAAAGGUGCUGUGCUUGAGAGAACUUUCAGUGCUGAUUAUGAAGGCGUUUUCAAGGUUGUCGGCUUCAUCGAGUCCAAGCUUGUUGCCUGCUACCUCAGAAUGAAGAAGCCCGACUUGGCACUGACAUAUUCUCACAGGAGCAUCUUCAAUAACCCAACUCAUUUCCGGAGCCAUCUUCAGCAGGCCAUGGCAUAUCGAUUGCUCGGCAACCCCUGUAGGGCAGCUAGGAGUGCCAUGAUUGCUGACUACGUGUACUGGCUGUCCGGAGAUGCCGAGCAGCAUAUAAGCAAGCUCAUCAAACUGUAUUGGCAGGGGUUGUUGGAGGAGGCUAUCACCAUGGAGGAGAAUUUCUCUGUCUUGUACACUCCUUGCUGUGGGAAUCCCACUAGGGACACAACCCUGCAGACAGAAGAGACCUUCCGAAAGCUGCACCCUGCCUUCACUACCUAUAUCUUUACUGGUUCAGGACUGAUAGAGAGGCUUCUGUAUGCGGACUCCUUACAUGGGCUGAGGAGAGUCAAGGAGCACACAGAGGUCCUGCAGCACACACUAACAGAGUUAGCAGUAGCGCCCUACCUACAGGAGAUCGGCCCUGCUGACACUUCCCUGCUGCAGGCUCUAAUGGCAGACACCAUGGACACCCUUGGAGGCAAGCGGCCUGAUCAGGAACGUGUGUGGAAUGCAAUGCAAAAGGUGGGACUGAUUGAGGACAUGCUGUAUCAGUGGGAGAAGACCUACGUGAAGAAUAAGGCUCUCAGGGCUGCAUGGAAACAAAAGGCCAAGGAGAGAAAAGCAUUGAAAGAGCCAAAAAAGGGGCUUUCUGUGAAACCGGUCCUGCAGGGGGUUCCCCAAGCCCAGUCUGAACCAGACCCCAGCUCCAGCGAGCUCCACUCAGUUUCAUCUCCUUACACAACACCCAACCCACCUUCUGCACUCCGUACUCCAGACACAGCCACUCAUCUUCAGAGGGAGCCUCCAGCAGCCCCUAUUACUCCACACUGACAGAAAUAAAUGGGCUCUGCAGCUCGGCCAUCUCUCUGAUUUAGGGUCUCCUUUUUUAACCUACCUCCCCUUGUUUACCAGUCACGCGCAGUGUCUCCAGCUGAGCUCUACAGGCAAAGAAGGCCUUCUCUCCCGGGAAGAAAUGCAUGGGUGGGGUUGUUCAAUUUAAGCACAAGUGGGUACCUGCUCUUUUUGUGCCCUUCUGUGCAUAUAAAGUAAUUUAUGGUUUAUAAACAGAAAUUAACUAUGAUUUACUGCUAUAAAGACAAAAAAACAAGCCCCUCUGCGAUAAAACACAUGAGAUUCAGUCAAAUGAAUGAGUUUAUUUGAUGAUAAAAAUACGUAAAACACUGCACCACAGCCAUUAUGCACAGCAUGAAGGGCAAAAACACAACAAAACCAUAGAGCUUAUUUCAGCUCUGGUUGGAGAAUGUUAACCACUAAAGCCCUACAGUGGCCCCAAAAAAUAUUCGGACAUUUGCAUCAUACUCAAAAUGUAUAAGUUCAUUGUGUUGGGUAACAAAAUAUAAAACUAAGUGUCAUUCAUUUUAAACAAAUUUUUGUAAAAGUAUUCUUUCAAUAGGCAGUUAGUGUGUUUCAGAUUGUUAUCGAUUGAUCUGUUUCUUUGCAGUCUUCUGCAGGUGUGCAUUCACAAUGCAUCUGUAUGCUUCUGAGUUUAGGAUCCCAUCAAUAAACACCAGCUAUAAACAAAAACAUCCUUUGAUUUUCUAUUUCCACUUCAGUGCUUUACAGUACACUAGUGCAGUAUGGUUGGAAUUCUUCUCCAGGCCUUCUACCUGCAAAGAGUCUAUGGUUGGUUUAUUGUUGUACUACAAAUAUUUUGUUAAACAAGUCACAUAAAGAACUUUCUUAAAGCUUACCAAUGGUUAAAGCGUCGAAAAUUAUAUACGUAUAAACC